ACAGAAUUAUGUCCCUAUGGUAAACAGUCGGUGAAAUGCAAAGCGUGUUCCGAAUGGACGAGAAGCGGCUGCUCUCAUUGGUCGUCCUGCUGGCUGCCAUGACGUCAGUCGUCAUGUACCUCAACCUCUCCGACAACAGCAACGUCACGUAUCACGUGAUCGACCUGGAGGAGGAGGACCAACCAGAGCUGGACCAGCCGAUGACGUACGUGGCAUAUGACAUGCCGCCAUCGCCAGCCGUGGUUCAGAGGGACAUGCGCCACUACCUGUGCAUCCUCCAGACGAACGUUGUUUACAUCUACGCACCGGCAGCCGACUCUGGCAUCCUACACUGCAUCCUGACCAGGUUCGGUUACCUGAAGGACCUUUUCGUCACCAUUCCCGUCAACAAGAGAGAUCCUACAAAAAGUCGCGGUUAUGAAGACGUCAGAUCUACGCAAUAUCUUCGUCCUUCUGGCGUGACGUCACCACUUCGCGUGUACCGAGAAGAAACGAUCCACGUGUUCGCGCAGCCGGCCCAAUACGACAGGGAAGCGAUGGCGAAGAUGUUCCCAGAAAACGCUCGCUACAUUACGAUGCUGAGACGUCCGAUUCACAGGUUUGCGGCAGACUUUGUCUACUCCAGAUUGGACAAACAUUUCAACACAACGGCGGAGGCGGAUUCACCUAAAAACUAUCUAGACAAUCCUGAAUACUGGGAAUCACAGAAGACCACGUCAUACUGUACCCGGAACUGCAUGUCCGCCGUUCUAGGCUUCCCAUUGGACGAGACCAAGGACAUUCGGGACACCCAAGCAGCAAUGGACGUCAUCAAGCAGCUGGACAAAGAUUUUUCUCUGGUUCUCUUCUACGAGUAUCUAGACCAGUCCUUGGUGCUACUGAAAAGACACAUGUGUUGGGGCGUCACGGACAUUAUGUAUUACCUUGGAUCGACACAUCUGCGCAUGCCCAGCGAAGAAACUCUAGCACGUUUAUCAACCAAAGAACACAUUCGAAACUUCCGAAGAGUGAACUCCAUCGACUACUUGGUGUACGACUACUUCAACCAGACUUUUUGGAAGAGGAUCAAGGCAGAGGGGGAAGACUUCCACAAGGAGGUGCAAAACUUCCAGAACAUUCAAAAGGAAGUGGCGAAGUACUGUCGGGUGGCGGUGGGGGACUGGAACUCGGCGAACAAGACCGUCAUAGCGAGGAGUAGCUGGAACGAACAGUUCGACUUCACCAGAAAGAUGUGCUACGCGUUCGGCCGAGAGAAGCAAGAAUGGGGCGAUCUGUUGAACGAACGUUACUUUACUGCCAAACGCCGACCAUAUAAGUUGUCUUUGCCGAAGUUAAAAGUCUAGAAGGUCUUCGUCAUAUAAAUUUGGUUCGUUGCUAGGCAACGGCUGGAAAGGGUGUGGUGCUGUGAGACAUUCGGCGCUUAAAAUGAUAAUAUCUGAGAUAAAUAUUUUGAUAAAUACAUGUAUGACUGAGUUGUAACAAGUUUUGACAUAUUGCACCACAAAAGUGUAAAUCUUUCAAUGGGAAGGAGGUUCGUA